CGUAACCCUUACCGUGUACCCUCACAUCGCUACAUUCACUCCAUAUAUCAAUAACAGGUGGUUGUAGAGAGUUUUUAUUUUCCUCCUCCUCCACCUCCGCCGCCGCCGCCAUGGAAGAAGUUAGGGCUAGCUCCGCCUGGGUCGCCUCUCAUUCUUCUCACGUCACCGUCGAUUCCGAAGGCAUUGAAAAAGUGGUGGAAAGUGUUGAAAACUCUAUCCCGAAAGUCGAAUGGAAUUACGAAGGGAUUCAUUACUUCGACAAUGGUCCUUUAACUGUUCAAUACUUGUUCGUUUUGGAUGCUCUGAAUUUCUGCUUUUGGCCAGAUCAAGAGUUAAACUAUGAUGAUUUGGCUUCUGGAUUGAAAUCAGCUCUUGAAAAUGAUCAGUCUGUGUUUGAUGCUGAUCGACUUCAGAAGUACACUGGCCCUGAGUUGCGUGAACUAUUGAAAUGGCCAAGACCACUUCCUUUAGAAGAUGAACGUGUUCGCUUAAUCCACGAGGUUGGGUUUGAGUUGGAGAAAAGCUUCAAGGGAAAGGCAUCCAACAUUGUUGAAUCUUGUGGAAAAUCAGCUACAAAUCUUGUUGCUACAAUCGCACGUCAUUUUCCUGGUUUUAGAGAUCACACAGUGUACAAAGGCCACCAAGUGUUCUUGUAUAAAAGAGCUCAGAUUUUUGCUGCUGAUGUAUGGGGGGCAUUUAAGGGAAAAGGGUAUGGAGAAUUUGAUGAUGUUGGUUCAAUCACUAUAUUUGCGGACUAUAUUGUCCCUGCUGUUCUUCAGCAGCUUGGAGUAUUGAGAUAUAGUCCUUCCUUAGCUGACAUCAUAGGGGCAAAUAAGGAAAUUGGCUCUGGCACUGAGGAGGAAGUUGAGUUACGUGCUUGCUCGAUUUAUGCUGUUGAAAAAAUGAGGGAUUUGAUCGUUAAAAGAACCGGGAAACAGGUGUUGAGUGUGGAAUUGGAUCUUUGGUUGUGGGCAUAUGGUGUUUCAAAUCCAUCUCUUCAACAUCAUCGUACCUUAUCUAUUUAUUAUUGAAAAAAUAGGUUGUCGGGUGGGUGAUAAUGAUAUAGCCGCCGUUUUGGUUUCAUUUGUUAUGCGGCAAUUUUGUCUAAAAUUCGGAAAUUAGUAGUACACAAGGUUAAUGUCUAUAAAGGUUUCUUGUUUUCGUAUCUAUGGGAUCUUGGGAGUUUGUUUAUGUUCAUUAUUCAAUGUAUAAAUGAUCUAAUACAAAAUCAAAU